AUGCCGACGCAGAGCAACGAAGUAAACCUCUCCAUAGAGGAGACGAAUGCGCUCAGAGCCAAGUUGGGGCUGAAGCCCCUGCGGCUCGACAACAAGGACAAAAGGGACAGCAGCAGCAGCAGCAGUAGCAGCAGCAGCAGCAGCAAGAGAUCAAGGGGAGACGAUGGGGCUGCUGCGCCCUCUUCAGGGUCAGCAGCAGCAGCUGCUGCUGCUGCUCCCGCAGCAGCAGCGGAGGAGGCCCCUGCAGCUAAAGUGGCGAAGCCGGCGACAGAAUCUGAUGCUGCUGCUGCUGCAGCAGCAGCAGCAGCAGCAAGAGAGAGAAAGGAAGAGGCAGAGAGACAAAAGAGACGCGUGGCGCACGCGCUGCUGAUCUCAGGAGACAGUAUUGCUGCAGCAGCAGCAGCAGCAGACUCCGACAUUCUAGACCCUCUUGCUUGGGUCUCCAAAAUGAGAAAAGAAAAGAAGGAGCAGCAGGCCCUAGCAGCACAAGGACGCG